AUGUCUUUGAUAAGAAGAAGGCAGGGCCUUGCCAAUCAACCUGUAUUUCUUAAGGGUUCUGGUUUGCAAAUUGCCAAUCUCGUUGAAGCACCAGAACUGCCUGACCAAGUGUCUACGUUCUCCUCAGUCAAAAGAAGCAUUGAUGAAGAGGAUGACAGAUAUGCCCUUUUAGAAUUAUUUCGUGACAGCAAAAAUCAGGCAGCAAACUCGGACAAACUCCUGGUUUCUCGGCCAGAGUCUCAACACAAAUUUAUAGACGGGAUAGUGCCUCUUGCAUCUAUGAUGCUAGUCAUUGUGACUCUUUUUGCACUGUAUACGGUUCAUAGGGAGUACACCAAGAGAAAGAUUAAGAUCAAGGAAAUGACAUUGGCUGAGAAGUUUGAGGACCAGGGUAAUACCAGAGGUCAAGAAAUGGACAAUAACCAUUUUUCUGCAAGGCUGACUCCAUCACCCCAGAGGCUUCUUGUUCCGGAUAGGUCUCCCAGACAGGAAUUACUAUCGGAACAUCUACCACAACUGCCUCAAAGCGCUGCUCGUUCUGCCUUUGAGACCAACAGGGCCAAGAUAGGAAAUGACAUGUUUACACAUCUCCCUGCAUCAAUUACUGCUUAUCCCACGGCUCUCGAAGUUUCACCAAUCAAAACAACACACGAGUCGGCUACAAAAAAGGAAGAAGUGAAAAAGUCAGAAUCGGGCAAAUGGCUCAAGACACACCUAUAUAACAUUAUCAGUUCUCCCAAGUCUUGGGGAAAAGGUGGCUCUCCCAGCACGAACCACCAACCCGAACUUUCGGGAACGAGUUCGAGACUCUCAAAAUUGGGAGAGCAGCCUGCCAUUCUCAAUUUCUUUGGCCAGAGUCAAUCAGCCAGUCCCUUCAAUCUCGGAUUUACACCAAAUGGAACUCCGAUGCCCCAGAUGAGAAACUCACCUUUAAGAGCACAUAGUGCACUAAGAUUUGAGCCAAACAAGAGCAAGUUCAGUAUAGAGGAGCUUAGCUUUCUGUAUCCAAGGGAGGUCAUUUCAGAUAUCGAGGGUAAUGUGAAUGUUUCUGCACUAGCAACAAUUCUUCCUACGACUCCGGAGCACUUUUCAACUGCAGAAGAAGCAGAGCUGGCGAUUUAUGAGAUACAAGAAACUCUGAUGUCGAGAUCCUCAUUGCAAAGGCCGAAUAUGGUGAUGUUCAAUGUUGCGAGGAAUUUGGCCGUUGUGAGAUUGAUUUACAUAUCAUUGGGUAUGGACCGCAACGAAAAUCCAAACAUUUUCCUCAGAGCUUAUCACAGAUUCGUUGAAAAAAUAGUGGAGUCAGGGCAAAUUUUCGAUAUAGUUCAGACAUGUACGGCUAUCCAGGCAAAUGCUUUGAUUGAAACUCUGGUGAGGUACAGUCUUUGCCAUUGGUCUUUCGACCAAACUGCCAGAAUCCAACUGCAAUCGCAAAACAUAGACUGCUGGAAACUCAUCCAGAUACCUCGGUCAAGGGCGUUUCGUAUUCUGACACUGAUGACUCUAUAUGGUUUCAAGCAAGACAUUCUCAAAGAAGCUCUUUUGAGAAUGUGCGGCUCAACGAAUACCCACAACCUGUUCUCGAUACUACUGGAAGUUGAGCCGCUAACACACGAUCCUGCGACUUUUGAGAUUUUCCAGGAGAUGAAAACAAAGCUGAGAAACUAUCACAAAGGCUGCUGCAUCAGCAAGCAAAACUUGGUAUCGGCGAGAUCUCUUUCUAUGUCCAGGCGGAAUACGCUGCCAGGCUCGUAUGGCGCGAGUUUAGUGAAUAGGUAG